CGAGUCGUCUGAUUUUCGCUUUCACCCCCUCCCCCUACCUAUAUAAAGCAGGUUAAAAUAAAAAAAACGAAAGAAAAAGCAGCUCUUGGCUUCACCUACUCCUUCACUAUCACUACUCUCCACCAACAGCGCCAUCGCCAUGGAUUCCGAUUUCGGCUUUCCCAGAGAACUCUCUGAUCUUCAAAAGCUCCGAUCUCUUUACCAGCCUGAGCUCCCUCCCUGCCUCCAGGGCACGACUGUUAGAGUGGAGCUUGGAGAUGCAACUAUGGCGGCAGAUGAAGCUGGUGCCCACACCAUAACUCGAUCCUUUCCCCUCACUUAUGGUCAGCCUUUGGCCCACUUCCUUCGAGCAACUGCUAAUGUGCCUGAUGCUCACAUCAUAACUGAUCAUCCAGCUAAGAGGGUAGGAAUAGUCUUCUGUGGUAGACAAUCUCCAGGAGGUCAUAAUGUUAUAUGGGGUCUUUUCAAUGCUCUUCAAAUCCACAACCCUAACUCCACUUUACUUGGAUUUCUAGGUGGCUCUGAAGGUUUGUUUGCCCAGAAAACUCUUGAGAUCACAGAUGACAUUCUCUCAACUUACAAAAAUCAAGGGGGUUAUGAUUUGUUGGGACGGACAAAAGAUCAAAUAAGAACCACCGAGCAAGUUAAUGCUGCACUAGCUACUUGCAAAAAUUUGAAAUUGGAUGGUCUUGUUAUCAUUGGAGGGGUUACUUCAAAUACAGAUGCUGCCCAGCUUGCAGAGACAUUUGCUGAGGCUAAGUGCCCAACUAAGGUGGUUGGCGUUCCUGUUACUUUAAAUGGAGAUCUCAAGCAUCAAUUUGUGGAAACAAAUGUUGGGUUUGACACAAUUUGCAAGGUCAACUCACAGCUCAUUAGUAAUGUCUGUAUUGAUGCACUCUCUGCAGAGAAGUACUAUUAUUUCAUCCGCCUCAUGGGCAGAAAGGCAUCACAUGUAGCUUUAGAAUGCACACUCCAGUCUCAUCCAAAUAUGGUUAUUCUUGGUGAGGAGGUAGCUGCAUCAAAGCUUACUCUUUUUGACUUGACGAAACAAGUGUGCGAUGCUGUCCAAGUUAGGGCAGAACAAGACAAGUAUCAUGGGGUCAUUCUACUGCCAGAGGGGCUUAUUGAAAGCAUUCCUGAAGUGUAUGCUCUCCUGAAGGAAAUACAUGGUCUGCUAAGACAGGGUGUUGCCCCCAAUAACAUUUCAUCUCAGCUCUCACCAUGGGCAUCUGCUUUGUUUGAAUUUUUGCCACCCUUUAUCAAGAAACAGGUGCUCCUCUACCCUGAAUCAGAUGACUCAGCACAAUUAUCCCAGAUUGAGACAGAGAAACUUCUUGCACAUCUUGUGGAGGCAGAAAUGAACAAACGCCAGAAAGAAGGCACAUACACGGGGAAAAAAUUCAAUGCCAUCUGCCACUUUUUUGGUUAUCAGGCUCGGGGUUCCUUGCCAUCAAAAUUCGACUGUGACUAUGCCUAUGUUCUUGGACACAUCUGCUACCAUAUUUUAGCAGCUAACUUAAAUGGUUACAUGGCAACUGUAACGAAUCUGAAGAAUCCUGUGAACAAGUGGCGCUGUAGUGCUGCUCCGAUCACAGCAAUGAUGACAGUGAAACGCUGGGCUCAAAGUCCAGGUGCCACCUCAAUUGGAAAACCUGCUAUUCAUCCUGCCACUGUGGAUUUGAAGGGCAAAGCAUAUGAGCUUCUCAGACUAAAUGCAACCAAGUUUUUGAUGGAUGAUCUGUACAGAAAUCCCGGUCCCCUUCAAUUUGAUGGUCCUGGUGCUGAUGCUAAGCCAAUAACUCUGUGUGUUGAAGACCAGGAUUACAUGGGCCGGAUCAAAAAAUUACAGGAAUACCUUGACAAGGUACGGACCAUUGUGAAGCCAGGAUGUUCACAGGAAGUGCUGAAAGCUGCUUUGAGCGUGAUGGCGUCUGUGACGGAUGUGCUCUCCACAAUGUCUUCAACUUCGUUAAAUGGGCAGACACCCCUUUAAGAGUGGAAACUAUGUGUUGGUGUUUGGUGCUGAUUUGAGAAUCACCAAAUACUAGUUCGGCUCAUCAUAUCCUUGAUUUGAAUGUUGAACUGUAAGUGGUGAUUGGUUAGAUGACGACAAUAAGCUGAGUUUAGUAUGGAAAGACUACUAACUUGGAUGUUUGAAUUUUGAAAUUACUUUAUUGUCCGAAAGAGAAUGUAUUGUAAGUUUUGCAGAGUUGAGGUUUUCUUAUGGUACCACUGUCAUGGAUAUUUUUCUUC